CUCGUGAGCACCAAAGAGGUGGGCCUAUGGGUGGACUUCGAACUUUGUCAAAAACACUGAAACACUUCAAAACUAUACAUCAUGCAUGACAACAACAUGCAGGAGAAACCGCUGGAUUUUUCAAAACUAUGCACAUUUGGCAAUUACAAGGAAGUCUGGAAGAAAUACGGUUACAUACGUAACUUGUCUGAUGUGUUACAACAGGACUUCAGAAGGAUUAAAGAAAUAACUUACCUGGAUCAUGCUGCGGCCACUCUAUAUCCUGAAUCGCUGGUGAGAAACUUCUGCCAGGAUAUCUCCACAAAUGUGUAUGGUAACCCUCACAGCCAAAACCCCAGCAGCAGACUAACAUAUGAUACAGUGGAGCGUGUCAGAGACAGGGUAUUGCAGCAUUUCAACACCACAUCUGAGGAAUACUCAGUGAUUUUCACUUCUGGCUGUACAGCUGCACUCAAAUUAGUGGCUGAGAGUUUUCCCUGGAGGUCUCCUACUGCAACAGAGGCAGGGGGCAGGAGUCAGUUCUGCUACCUGACUGACAACCAUACCUCAGUGGUGGGCAUCAGAGCAGUGACUUCAGCCCUGGGAGUAGUUACUCUCCCUGUCUCACCGCAGGAAGUGGAGACGAGAGCCAAAGAUGGGCCACAGAAUAAAGGCAAUGGUUGCCAGACUCCACAUCUUUUUUGUUAUCCAGCUCAGAGCAACUUCUCAGGCAGAAAAUAUCCACUGAGUUAUUUGAAAGGCAUCAAGGCAAGGGAGCUCUACCCAGCAAGUGACUACCAAGGCUUGUGGUUUGUCCUGCUGGAUGCUGCCUCCUAUGUCAGUUGCUCUCACUUGGACUUGCAGGAGCACUCUGCUGACUUCAUUCCCAUCUCCUUCUACAAAAUGUUUGGCUUCCCCACUGGUUUGGGGGCUCUGCUGGUUAGGAAUGAUUCUGCAGCCUUUCUGAGGAAGGGUUACUUUGGAGGGGGGACGGCUGCAGCCUACCUUGCAGGCGAUGAUUACUACGUGCAAACAACAAACAUUUCUGACAGGUUUGAAGAUGGCACUCUAUCUUUCCUGGACAUAAUUUCUUUAAAUCAUGGAUUUGAUGCUCUGCAGACAAUAACAGGUGACAUGGACAAGAUCCAGAUGCACACAUUUGGUUUAGCACGCUAUACCUACAUGUUGCUAUCCUGUCUUCACCAUAACAAUGGUAAACCAGUGGCACAGAUAUACACUGCCAGCGAGUUUGAGAGUCCAAGCACACAAGGACCAAUCCUCAAUUUCAACUUGAUUGACUGUCACGGACAUACCAUUGGAUACUCCCAGGUCGAAAAGCUGGCGAGCCUUUUCAACAUCCAUGUGCGCACAGGUUGCUUCUGUAAUAUAGGUGCCUGUCAGCUUUUCCUUGGUACAUCAGAUCAAGAGGUGAAGAAAAACUUACAAGUUGGUCAUGUGUGUGGAGAUAACAUAGACCUAGUGGAUGGCCGACCAACAGGAUCUGUACGUAUUUCCUUUGGCUACAUGUCAACCUUUCAAGACUGCAAGACCUUCCUGAAGUUUGUUGUAGACUGCUUUGUAGAGAAACCUGUAAAGGUGGAUCAAAAGAGAUGGAAAAGACUGAAAUCAGCCACUUCCUUAGAAGACUCCAGUCCAGAUCUGAUUAGCAGAACAACUGAGGAGAAAGCUGGACAUUUUCACAGAGGAGCGAUACAUGUCACUACAGAACCUUCGGUAAACACCUUUGAAGACAAUGCCACAACCAAAGACACCAGCACCCAUGGGAAGGGCCACACUCUGGUGACCAUUUACAUAUAUCCCAUCAAAUCCUGUGCAGCAUUUCAGGUCUGUGACUGGCCUAUGGGACCUCAGGGGCUGCUUUAUGACAGAGGCUGGAUGGUGGUGAAUGGGAAUGGAGUCUGUCUGAGCCAGAAGAGGGAGGCACGCUUAUGUCUUAUUCAUCCUCAAGUUCACCUUCCCUCAAACACACUCCACCUGCAUGCCUCAGGAAUGGAUUCAAUUUCCGUUCCCUUGAAUAUCCCCAAUGAGACCCUCCAGAGAAAUAAGGUUUGUCAAAGCAAAGUCUGUGGUGACAGGGUAAAGACAGUGGAUUGUGGCGAGGAGGCAGCAUCAUGGCUAUCAGAGUUCCUUGGACAGCCUUGUCGCCUCAUUAGACAAAGUUCUGAUGUCAUUCGUGACAUGAAAAAUGGUCUUGAACAAGGCAUGCCUUCUGCCCUCUCAUUGGUGAAUGAAGCCCAGUAUUUAUUGAUCAACCGUGCCAGUGUUGAGUUGCUUCUGAAACACAUCACCAGCAGGCAGGAGGGCAGUGAGGACCAUCCAUCGUUCAAUAUCCAGCAGCUCAUUGGUCGCUUCCGAGCUAAUUUAGUAAUUGAUGGGAUAGAACCCUUUGAAGAAGAUGAUUGGUCCCACUUGAUUAUUGGAAACACUAAUUUUCAGGUGGCAGGUCAAUGUGGCAGGUGCCAGAUGAUUGGGGUUAAUCAAGACACGGGUGCAAAGACCAAGGAACCUCUUCUGUCUCUCUCUGCAUACCACAAGGGAAAGGUGACCUUUGGUGUUUACCUCAACCAUCAAUUACAGGAAAAUCCCACUGAAGCCUAUACUUUAACUAUUGGUUCUUCUGUAAUGCCUGAAAUGUUAAAAUAAUGUUAUUAUUAUUCUGUAUUUUCUUCCACACUUUUGUAGUGUCGAUAUCGUCAGCGUUUGACAAUAUCGACACAUUGUAAUUGUUGUGUGUUGUUAAUGUUAAUUACACUUUAAAUAGUUGUUAAUGUUAAUAAACCUUCAUGUGAUUACAGUCAUACAUCAAUACGCUGUUUUAAUGUGAAAAGUAGUAGAGCAUACGUUUCAUGUAGUUCUUUUCUUUUUUAAGUUAGCUAGAAUGUUAAUAUUUCGUUAUAUCUCGAGUGAAGUAAACAAAUUGACCGUACUCA